GCGUCAGCAGCUCCACGCGAAAGAAAGAGACUCACACCAGACUCCGUUCAAAAAGUGGCCGAUUUAAGGUCAGAGCUGCAGCUUUAAUACAAGAACUGUGUGUGUAACUGCAGACGGUUACUGCAGGUUUCAAGGUGGAGGCUCCCACUGCUGUGGGUGGAGUUAAAGGGCAGAUCACGUGGUGAUUGGCUCCAGCAGAGUCCAGGCCGUGAUCAGCAGCUUUUACAGCAGCUGGUUGGUUAUUGGGUAGGAGACCCCGCCCACAUCAGAGCCAUGCUGAGACCUCUGAGGCUCCUCCUCUCAGGCCUGAAAACGCAGCCGAGCCGCUGCUGCUCCAGCUUCGUGUCCAGGAUGAGGUAUGUGAACAGGCUGAAGGAGGACGACGAGGCGUGCGCAGCGGCGCUGAAGGAUGGCUCCAUCUUCCUCUUCCACCGCUUGUCUCCUCUGCUGCGACGCCCCGACGCCAGAACCUUCAGCCCAGCAGCUUUCACCUGCUCAGAUGUGCAGUUGGUCCUACAGAGGCUCGGUUCAGACGGGUCGCAGCUGAAGGAGGCAGUUCUGAUUGGCUGUUCUGAGCAGAACCAGGCUCAGUUCUGUCUGGAUGUCGGAGAACUGGACCAGGCGGCGGUGGAGGAAGCCUCUCAGGGGACCUUCAUCGAUCUGAGGAAGGCCUUCUUUCUGCUGCCCGCAGCUGAGGCGCCUCUAGUGUCCAAGGGUCAGGCGCUGCUGCAUUGGCAUCAGACCAGCAGGUUCUGCGGCGCUUCGGGCCAGCCGACUCAACGAAACCGAGCAGGCAGCCAGAGGUUCUGCAGCAGCAGCUCCACCGUCUACUACCCGAAGAUGUCUGCGGUGGCGGUCGCUCUGGUGUCUGAUGGGAGUCGGUGUCUGCUGGGCCGCCAGCCAUCCUUCCCACGUGGACUCUACAGCGCGCUGGCCGGCUUCUGUGACAUGGGUCAGGCUCACCCGUGUGUGUGUGUGUUUGUGUGUGUGUGUGUAUGUGUAGAACUCACCCGUGUGUGUGUGUUUGUGUGUGUGUGUGUGCGCAUGUGUGUGGUCCCAGGUGAGACUCUGGAGGAGGCGCUCUGCAGGGAGGUGGCAGAGGAGGUGGGUCUGGAGAUCCAGAGCAUCUCCUACAGCUCCUCGCAGCACUGGCCGUUCCCGCACAGCUCCUUCAUGCUGGGCUGCCACGCCUUGGUUAGCCCCGCCCACACUCAGCUGAGUGUGGACAACUCAGAGCUGGAAGAUGCUCGCUGGUUCACCAUGGACGAAAUCACCCGUGCCCUCCAGGUGAAAGCUCCGCCCAGGAGAGGCGACCCCCCCAUCAUCUGGCUUCCUCCGAAACACGCCCUCGCCAACCGCCUCAUCAGGGAGUGGGUGGAGCAGCAGCAGCAGAGUGAGGGCGGAGAGUGAUGGAGGCGGAGCUGCAGUCGGAGUCAUCAGAUCACACCUGAAACACGGAUGUUUCACCUCCGCUCCUGAGAUCUCACAGUUCAGAAGUCCAUUCAGAUUCUCUGAUUUUAGCCUCCUUCACAGAUUUAACCUGUGACCUUAUUGAAAGAAACUUUUAAUGUGAAAAACAUUCAGUCAGUCACGACAGGAAGCAGCUCGUGGACUCUGACCUGCUGAUGUUUCCUCCAAACUGGUUUUAAUUUUUAAUAAAAAUCCCAGAAUGGAAAAAAGCUAGUGCUCGGUUUCUUUUGUCUGAGAAAGAAUCAGCAAACACCAGCGUUCACUCAUCAAACGUCCGAUUUAACAAACGAGCUGUCCGAGGGGCAUUCGAGGCCGCGGUGGCUCACCUGUCCAGGUUUACCUGAGGGCUCGCAGGACAGACAUGAACUCGGGUGGAAGAGAAACAUUUUCACUGCCCUGCUUCUGCUCAGCUUUUAUUUUGGUAUUUCCUGUGAAACACUGGAGGGGCGUGAUUGAUCACUCUUCUUCUGUGGUAUCUGUCCUCCGGGCUCACUCAGGAUAAAGCCGUUUGUGAUGACAGGUUUGCUCUGCUCGUCCUCAGAGUGUGAGGAAGCUCCCAGGAUAAAUGAGCCAGUCUGGUUUGUGAGAUUCGUAUCAGGACGAUAAAUAAAUGAGGCCGACCGCCCUGCGUGCAGCUUUGACCCAGAGUGGCAGCACUGCUGAGAGCUAAACAUGGUCUUCUCUGUACACCAAAGAUUUCUGUUUAUCCAUCAUGUUUCUGAUUGGAUGGCUGUAAAUGGAAAUAGAGCAAAACGUUUUUUAUAGAAAGUGUUUAUUUGUUUGAUUUUUAGAUGAAAAAAUAAAUAUUUAGCUACUCGUUGGAGGCACAAACCGUAACGUGUAACCUGAUCCAGCCCAGAAACAGGCGGAACGACAGUCAGACAUCCGUGAGCGCUGUCCGGAUCAUAGUUAGAAACGGAAGCGGCUUCCUGUUUGAACCGGAAGCCAGAGCAGCUCUUGGUGCAACCCCCCGUGUAGUUCGGGUCUGUGGGUCGGAUCAGACUGGACUCUCGGUUCUUUCCUCCGGGCCCUCUGUCCUCUGAGUAACCGCUGAGAGCGGCCCGAGGUCCCGCUGAUGGUCGGCAGGGCUCCGCGGCCUGUCAGCCCGCAGGAUGAGCUUCUCCGCCGGCCUGCACACACAGCUGGCCGCCGUCAUGGAGUCCCUCGUCCACGCUGCAGUGGCGGAGCUGAAGAAGCUGGUGGAGGCCGGAGAGGAGCCUACUGUGCUGGCCAGAGAGAGGACGGAGAGCCGCGAGAGGAUGGUGAGGAGCGGGGAC